AAUAUUUCUUUAUGAAGCAGAGCAGCAGUUCAAGCUUCGUAGAACUGAUGCCAUGGGCCGCCUGUGUAUACGGCCCUCUCAUUGACAUCGUAGCAUCCCCCAGUCUCGCUGUCACCUAUAAGCCCACGUGGUCCUAAGGAUCGUCUUGUCGUGGAUAGUUAUUUCUAUUGAGUGUGGAAUGAUAAAGAAUUUUAAAGUAAUUCCAACACUACGUUGAGGUUUUACACUUCACAUAACAUUUUACAUGAAAGUACAGCCCAAAGAACUUACACUAAUUUCAGUAAUUUUCUAAAUAGAAACAGAUGUCUCUGGAAAGCAAAACAGGAUUUGAGGCAAGUCUUUGAUCUGCUGUUUGAUAAACGUGUAGGAGUUUAUGGUCUCGAGUGAGGUAAUUGAAACGCGGCUCCUGUGUGUGAGUCCUUAGCUCUGGUAGCCCCACGCAGUUUAGCUGGGAAACCAGGCCAAGCCUCCCUGGGAAGCGGGCGGAGGCAGUCACAGCAUCUCUAGAAGAGGCAGGCCUGCGGAGGGUGUUGUUGAUGGUGUCGUUUACUUAGAAAUGUAGAAGGAGGAACACAUCUACAGUGAAGUAGUUCUGGCUGUCCCCAAAUAGGUGCUCGGCACAUGCUUUUCGGUCCUUUCUGUCACCAGUGUGGCUGGUUGGAUUCAGCGGGGAAGGGCAGAAGGGAAGGCAGCCUCACAAGAAAUUGCUACGUUGGACCACAGCUGAAGACCUGCCUGAAGGCCUGGUACUCUGGAGUGGCAGCCACCUGUUGCAUUCCUGGUCUACUUUGCUAUAAUGUGAAGAAAUGGCAGAAUACAGCCUGCGGAUGAGUUACACGUGUUCCGUAGUCCCAGUCUAGCAAGCCUUGCAACCCUCCCCAGCCAGCCCCAAAUGUCUUAGUUCUUGGCGGAAAGUAUAGUCCCUUUGGUACUACAGUUCCACUCGGGUCAGAUAGGCCUCUCCAGGCAACAUGUCGUCUGGAUUUAAGCAGCCUUUGCCAACACUUCUCUUUGCCAAAUCUCUCUUCUUGAGCAUUGUCCUUUUUCUUAAUUCUGGAAAGUUGCCAUCCCUUCGGUUUGGUCCCAGAAUGGAUUCAAGCUGACUGAUGUAGAAAAUGUUGUUUCAGUUCCUUCUAGCCCACCAUCAUGGUCCAGGCACAUUGAAUCUGUGGUGAGAAGGAGUGGGCAGCCCCGGCCUGUGGACACAGAGGAACAGGGAGAACCUGCCAUGGCCUCUCCUGUGGAACAGUGUGGCGGGGACAGUGCAGUGACCAUGGCCUCCAAGCAGGACCCAGUUGCUGCUGGGCCCCAUUCAGUGAUGUAUUCCUCAGGGCCAGGCACGACAGGUGGGGCUGGUUCUCAGAGAACCGUGUUCUUGGGAAUCUUCCCCCCUGUCACUCACAACCAGAACAUUCCCUGACCAGCUCCUCUCAGCCAUAGCGUGGGGUACAGGGUUUGUGUUUCACUGACUGCCGCGCCUGUCUUCUUUAGGAAAGUGAGCGUGGCAGUUCCAGAAAUCAGAAUAUUUCUCUGACCACAUCUCAGUCACCCUUAUAAAGCUGCCUGUGACCCAUUGUACAUCUAACCCAAAAAUACCAUUUUCAGAGUGUUAGUAUGGUCUGUAUGCUGUUCUUUCUUUGAGGGAGUGAGUACAUAGCAUUUCUCAGAGGAGAACUCCCUACCAAAACAGCUUUAGCCUUCCUUUGCAAGGGGGUUUUAUUUUAAUGGCAAAGAAAAUACUUUUCCACCUUUUUUCUAAAUAGGUUUAUUUCUGUCUCUGCAAGUGCUCAUUCUCUCCAGUAUACAGGCCCUACUCGUGGAGGACUGUAAUCAGCAUUCAUUUGGGAGAUAGUGUGAGAGGAGCCAAAUGAGGAAACGCAUCUGCCGGCUGGUUUGGGCCAAAAGAGGAAGGCAGGAGGGAGAGGUUCAUUUUCCAGACACUGAGAGAGCAGAAUGGCUAAAUAAGACUGUAAAACACAUGUGGCCUUUUAUUUGCCAGUUUAUAGAGAAGUUGUUUCGAGAAACCAUAGAGCCAGCUGUUCGAGGAGCAAACACCCACCUCAGCACCUUUAGUUUCACAAAAGUUGAUGUGGGUCAGCAGCCACUCAGGAUCAAUGGUGUGAAGGUGUACACUGAAAAUGUGGACAAAAGGCAAAUUAUUUUGGACCUUCAAAUUAGUUUUGUAGGAAACUGUGAGAUUGAUUUGGAGAUCAAGCGAUAUUUUUGUAGAGCUGGUGUGCAAAGUAUACAGAUUCAUGGUACAAUGCGGGUGAUCCUGGAACCGUUGAUUGGAGACAUGCCCUUAGUGGGAGCCUUGUCUAUCUUCUUCCUUAGGAAACCACUGAUAGAAAUUAAUUGGACAGGACUGACUAAUCUUCUCGAUAUCCCUGGAUUAAAUGGUCUGUCAGAUACCAUCAUUCUGGAUAUAAUAUCAAACUAUCUGGUGCUUCCCAAUCGGAUCACCGUUCCUCUUGUCAGUGAAGUUCAAAUAGCACAGUUGCGGUUUCCUAUACCAAAGGGUGUCCUAAGGAUACAUUUUAUCGAAGCUCAGGACCUUCAGGGGAAAGAUACUUACCUUAAGGGACUCGUCAAGGGAAAGUCAGACCCCUAUGGGAUUAUUCGAGUCGGCAACCAGAUCUUCCAAAGCAAAGUCAUCAAAGAGAACCUCAGUCCGAAGUGGAACGAGGUAUACGAGGCUUUAGUCUAUGAACAUCCCGGACAGGAAUUAGAGAUUGAGCUCUUUGAUGAAGACCCGGACAAGGAUGACUUCUUAGGAAGUCUUAUGAUUGAUCUUAUUGAAGUUGAAAAGGAGCGCCUUUUAGAUGAAUGGUUCACCCUGGACGAGGUCCCAAGAGGAAAGCUGCACUUGAAACUGGAGUGGCUCACGUUGAUGCCAAAUGCUUCAAACCUCGAUAAGGUGCUGACAGACAUCAGGGCUGACAAAGACCAAGCCAAUGAUGGUCUUUCCUCUUCGUUGCUGAUCUUGUAUUUGGAUUCAGCAAGGAACCUUCCGAGUAUCUACGAGGGAAACUUUGGGUGUGGCUACUUAAAAGAGAGGCGAGCGUCGGGACUAGUGUUUUGUGAAAAUACUACCUCAGUCUAUAGAGCACUAUUUUCAGGGAAGAAAAUAAACAGCAAUCCAAACCCUCUUGUCCAGAUGUCAGUUGGACACAAGGCCCAGGAGAGCAAGAUUCGGUACAAAACCAAUGAACCUGUAUGGGAAGAAAACUUCACCUUCUUCAUUCACAAUCCCAAGCGCCAGGACCUUGAAGUCGAGGUCAAAGAUGAACAGCAUCAGUGUUCUCUGGGGCACCUGAAGAUCCCUCUCAGUCAGCUGCUUACCAGCAAUGACAUGACCAUGAACCAGCGAUUUCAACUCAGUAAUUCAGGUCCAAACAGCACUCUGAAGAUGAAGAUCGCCCUCAGGAUACUCCACCUUGAAAAGCCAGAAAGGUCCCCAGACCACCAACACUCAGCUCAAGUAAAGCGACCCUCUGUUUCCAAAGAAGGGAGAGAAAUAUCUGUCAGAUCUCACGCGUCCGCAUCGCCGGGCUCCGGUGAUGGCAGCACAGCCCCGUGCACACCAGUCGUCGGGGGCAGCGAUAAGCCUGGCGUGGAAGAGGGGGCCCAGCCUGUGGAGGCCAGCCCCCAAGGCCCACGAGACCUGGGCAGGAGCUCGUCCAGCCUCCAGACCAGUGCCACCUGCUCCCCCAGCCACAUCUCCGUUAAGGAGCCCACUCCAAGCAUAGCCUCAGACAUAUCCCUGCCCAUCGCCACCCAGGAGCUUCGACAGAGGCUGCGGCAGCUAGAGAAUGGGACGACACUGGGGCAGUCGCCCCUGGGGCAGAUCCAGCUGACCAUCCGACACAGCUCGCAGAGAAACAAGCUUGUGGUGGUCGUGCACUCCUGCAGAAAUCUCAUUGCCUUCUCUGAAGAUGGCUCUGACCCCUAUGUCCGCAUGUAUUUGUUACCAGACAAGAGGAGGUCAGGAAGGAGAAAAACACACGUGUCAAAGAAAACACUGAACCCCGUGUUUGACCAGAGCUUUGAUUUCAGCGUUUCAUUACCAGAAGUACAGAGGAGGACACUGGAUGUAGCAGUAAAGAACAGUGGUGGCUUCCUGUCCAAAGACAAAGGGCUUCUUGGCAAAGUGUUGGUCGGUCUGGCAUCCGAAGAACUGGCCAAGGGCUGGACCCAGUGGUACGACCUCACAGAAGAUGGCACGAGACCACACGUGGUGACGUAGUCCCUGCCGGGCACGAGGAGCCCCGCCGGCGUGCCAACCACCUUCGUGCGCUCGCAGCGCACCCUCCCACAGACGUACCAAUAUUGUUUUUAUAAUUUCAAUGUAUUUAGUUAUACAUAUCUUAAUAGUUUUAUAAAACAUGUUGACGUUUUAGGCAUAUUUGGCCAAUAUUAUCAUUAAAUUUUAUAUGUUUAAUUUCCUGUAGUAUUUGCCAGUUAUUCUAGCAUAUGAUAGGGUAGUAGUUAGUUACUGUGUCGCAUAAGGCUGUAUGUCUGUCGUAUCGAUGAGGAAGCAGAUCUAUGUAUAUGCUUUACUGUUGCCUUGUUUUGUACAUCGCUGAGGUACACUCUGCCAUGUAAAUAGACUAUUUUUUAUAAUCUCUACCUGCUGGUUUGAACUCUGAAGAAAAUGGAUUAAGGAAAUAUAUUUUUUUUCUAAGACUUAUUAAAUUCUUAUGACACAUAACCAUUUUGUCUUCACAGGAAAAGUUCUCAGUGACCAAUUUUGUGGUAUUUUCUUUUUAAAAAGAAAAGCUGAAAGACUAAAUAUUAAAUAAGUAUAGUUCUGCCCAUCACGAAUGAAGAAAAUAUUCAAAAUAUUACCACUUUUAUAAAUAUAAAUAUGUAUUUUUGAGAAGUCAGAUGAAGUGCUUCUAAGGAAAAAUGUGUAACUGAGUAAUACAUAAUACUAAGAGGAUGUCAUGUCAUCAUGGUGCACUAACUUGAAGUUUCUUACAUGAAAUGUCUUAAUUGCUUGAUAGAAUGUAUUCAUGAAAUAGUAUGCAGAUACACAGUUAUACUUCCUAAAAUACAACCCAAAUUUUCAGUGUUAGCAGUUAGGCUAUUGUGAAAUAGUCGGUCAUAAGGUUUGUUAGUUUUCAGCGUUUUCCCAGCCUGUGAAGACAGAGACAGGCUCACGUGGUCACCAUAAAGUUUGUGGGGUGGAUCUGGGUAAGGAGGAAAUUGUUUUAAAAACCAACAGCUCAUUCAUUCACCAGUCAGUGUGACAUCAUACGUUGACAGAACCCCUGAGGUGGCGUUGGCUUCCUUUUGCCCAACACAGAGGCCACUGUUGGGGCCACAGGGUUCCAGCACGGCGGCUGGUGAUUGUAAUUAACCGUUUCCGGGGUUUCCUCACUUUAUGCCGUGACUGACCUCCGUAUUGGGAUAUUGUUAUACAGUUUUUGUUUUGCUGUUUAGAUUACUAAGAGCAUGUUUUACAUCCUCAAGUCCCAGACCUCUUGGGGGUUGAGGCUCCGUGGCAGUGUCUAAGCCGUGCACGCCUGUGAGAAACACGCACGGACUCAGAAAGAGUUUUCAGUAUGUUAAGCUGUAUGGUGCAAAUGAGUCCUUAGCUAUCAGAACAUUCUGAAAUCAUGUGUGAGGACAUUGGGGAAAUCGAGCUUUGUGGUUGAAACUGGGGAUCUUACCAUGAAUCACUCCACGGACUCGUGGGCGGCCCGUGUGACCAAACACACCAAAGUGCCUGUGGUGGAUGCUGGUUGUUACCUUGCGUACUUCUGCCUGCCAAAAGAUCUUACCCUUCUCUUAGUUCACACUUUAAACCGGAGGUUUAUAUAUAAUGGAGCCUAUAGCCUCACAACACAGUUCAUGUAAUCAUAAAGACCAGUGUAAUCUCCCUGCUUCCUACUUGAUGGAACUUCACUAUAAAGCCUCAUUAUAAACCAUUUCCCAUGUUAAUGUACAGGAGGAAGUGGAUGAAUAUAUUGGUGCCCACAAAACAUUUAACUGCGGUGGUGUUUCAGCAGCGCGAUAAAGGCAGGUAAUUAGUAAACCUAGUCGUCGGUCCAUGGUAUUAGAUUUAUUGAAGAUUUUUUUUCAAUUGAGUCUGUUGAAGGGCCUCUGGCAUAAUCUAUAAAAAGCGAACGACCGCUCACUGGAAUUUACAAUACCAGUAAUUUUUACCAACAUCCUGAACAUCUGGGUUUUGCCUUGUGCUCACCUUGCGGUAUGUAUUCACCUUAUGCAGCGCUCUAAGCAAUUAGGCAAAAUAAGUACAAGGAAGAGUAUAAAGCCAGUGGCAGCAUGACACCCGCCUUGUGCCGCAGGGACGGAGGAGCCUGGAGAUGGACCUUGGCAGCGGGCUUCCUUCUCUUUAGAAGGAAAGGGACGAUCCUGAGGACGUAAAACAAAAAAACCUUUCCAGGUGUGAUUCUGUCCUUCAUGGCCAAAUGAGCGGUCAGUGGGAAGCUCUGGUAUUCCGUGGGAAGGACUGAGAAUUCCGCUCACGGCCGGACUCCGCACUCCAGGGUCCCCAGAUCGGCAUCCCUGCUCCUUAAUGACCGAUUCGUCUAGGAAAAGGGAACGUUAACUUCUCUGUACUGAGCCGAAUCAAUGGGAGGAAAAUUAACUUACACAGAUUUGAGUUCUGUUUGUCCAUGUGGGUUGCUUCUCCUGUGCCUUAGCGUACGGAAGUGUGACGCCGGUGUUUCCAAGUUCCAGAUCGUUGCUGUACUCACGGCAGCUCUGUUCUGUGCUACGAGAUAGUGUUCGUCAGGAGGUCAGCCCUUUUUCUUCAGGAACCGAAGCUCAGUGGAGACCAGCGUAUAUGCGCGUUUAUACUCGGGCUGUCCGCCACUGCAGAUGGAAAACAGCAGAGGGCUUUUUUAAAUUGUUAUUAGAGAAUGUCCUUUUUGAUCAACUAAUUUUACAUGACAGUGCAUGUAUUUAUUCAAUAAACUCUUACGUUAGCUCA